GAUCUUCGAAAUUUAACUCUAACUCUCCUUUCUGCUUUGCGAAGCCAUAUUCUUUCAAGAUCCCUCCCUUCGAAAUCGGGCUCUAGCAACUUCCAAAGCGAUCUCCUCCGGCUUAUUUCGGCCGCUACCUCCGAUAAUUUCGAAUUCGAUAGCGUUAAGUCCCUCCUGAAGUCGGCCCUCUCCAACAAAGUGGAUGAUUUCACCAUCUGGGAUCAAGCAUACAGCGCCGUACCUGAAACCACGCCCCCCCCCCCGAACGAUAGCCUCCUCACUUCAACAAACGCCCUGGCAACGUAA